AUGCAACUUAGCGGGCUCCCCAGCGAAAAUAUCCUAAAAAUCGCCGAAUCCCUCUCACCAAAAGACCUCAAUUCCCUCCUCCGCGGUUCCCGCAGCAUGGCAAACCUCCUACUCCCGUCCCUCCAUGCCCUAGCAAUUCAGGACAAAGACGGCCUACCAGCUCUAAUAUGGGCGACCAAGACGGGCCACGAGCCACUAGCAGCCCUCCUCCUGUCCAAAGGCGCCUCGCCAAACUGCAGGGACCCGACAGGCAUGACUCCCCUCUGCUGGUCCGCCUGGACCGGGAGAGCGGACCUGACAAAGCUGCUGCUCUCCCACGGAGCCCAGAUCAACACUCCCGACGACCAAUUCCGCAUGACCCCGCUGAUCUGGGCAGCGAACAUGGAGCACCCCUCCUCCUGCGACCUGCUCGUCUCCGCAGGAGCAGACCUCUCGGCCAGUGACCACCGCGGCGAGACCAUCCUGCACUGGGCCGCGAAGCGCGGCUUCUGCCGGCUCGUCCGGCAGCUCAUCGAGGAGGCUGGCAUGAGCGUGGACACCCGCGAGAAUUACGGAAACACCCCACUACACUGCGCCGUCUUCUUCGGCCAAGAGGACACGGCCCGGUUGCUGCUGCGGGCCGGCGCGAACCCGAACGCUAGGAACAGUGUGGGCAUGACGGCGCUGCACUGGGCUGCUGGGCAUCGGGAUGGCUUCGCGGGCAUCAUUUGCUGUCUGCUGGAGUACAGCGCCGACCCGGAGAUCCCGGAUGGCUCCGGGAGGAAGGCGGUCUACCGCGCGCGGAUGUACGAGAAUGUCUCCUCCGUUAUGCUCCUGCAGGAGGGGCACGGUAACAGGGGCGGUAAUAGGCAGUGUUCUCAGUCGUUGGGGAUUUACCCUUGUUGACGACUAUGGGACGAUGAGGGGGAUUUCGUCUGCCUUUCUGUCAUAUUAUUAGACUCGUUGGAUUCUCUUUUCUGGGGGAGUGGUUUGAAGGGUACUGUAGGGUUUGAUUCGCAUUUUUUGUAUCAUAUGAUAUUAUGUAAUAUACGGCAGGGGAACCAAGGUCUUUGAACUCCAACUUAUUGUUUUUAAAUUAGAACAUCAGCGGUGUUUGGACCAGUUCGCA